AUGGAAUCCAAUCCAACGGGCGCGCCGAGAGAUUCUAGUGCCGUCAAAGAUAACGGUCAAUCGGUUAUGAUGACAGCCGACGAAGAAAAAGCAGCAGCAACAGUGCCUACGGGAGAUGAAAACCAGGACCACGAUGCAAAACUCGAGACCGGGUCAAGUCAGCCUGUGAAAUUGCCGGAAAGACAAAGAACUAUACAUGGCAUCAAAUGGGUCCUUUUAGUUGUCGCCAUUCUCUCGAAUCUUUGCUUCUAUGCCAUCGAUAAUACAAUAGUAGCUGUGAUUCAACCUGUCAUCGUCAAAGAUUUCGGUGAAGUCCAAAAUUUACCAUGGAUUUCCGUCGGUUUCUUGAUGGCUGGAACAGCCACGGCAUUAGUUAAUGGGAAGCUCUUUGCGUCCUUCAACGCCAAGAUCUUGUACAUAGCGUUCUCGUUACUUUUCGUCGUCGGCUCCAUCAUAUGUGGUGCAGCUCCAAAUAUGACAGCACUGAUUUUUGGUCGUGUGAUAGGAGGAGUUGGUGGCACUGGAAUGUAUCUUGGGGCUCUCACGUUGAUAUCGGUCAACACUAGUCCCAAGGAAACAACAGAAUAUAUGGGAUAUCUUGCUUUGGUCUGGGGAUUCGGAUCUGUUAUUGGACCCCUCAUUGGAGGUGCCUUUACGGAUAGUUCUGCAACUUGGAGAUGGGGAUUCUAUAUCAAUGCACCCGUGAUUUGCAUUUUUAUUCCAGUGUAUCUCUUCAUAAUACCAUCGUACACUCCUCGUCCAACAGAAUCCUUUCUUUCCAAAAUUCAAACCAUAGAUUGGGUGGGCAGCGUACUGAGCUGCGGUGCUUUCGUUGCUGGUAUCAUAGCUAUCAAUUUUGGAGGCACACUAUAUCCUUGGCACAGCUGGCAAAUCAUCGUUUUGUUUGUAGUUUCUGGAGCAUUUUUCAUCGCCCUCUUCCUGCAGCAGCACUUCAAUUUCUUGACUACUCAGGCGCUUCGUGUGCUACCGAUUCAUCUUCUCAAGACAAAGGAUAUGAUCAUAUGCUGCGUGUGUCAAGUUGCCGUUGCACUUAUAGUGCCUGUUCCGUUAUACUAUAUCCCGGUUUUCUUCCAAUUAGCUAAGGGAGAUUCUGCUCUCCGAGCCGGAGUCAAAACACUUCCUUUGAUAUGCUUCUGGGUGACCUCGAGUGCCAUUCGUGGACGUCUUAUGGGGAAGCUAGGAUGGUAUCAGCCCUGGUAUAUCGCCGGAAGUAUUUUGAACAUUCUCGCUGGUGUAUUUCUGAGUCGUAUCAACAUCACCACAUCAGAUGCUGUCAUAUACGGACUUCAGGUCCUAUCUGGAGUAGGGACGGGCUGCUAUGGCCAAGCAGGUUUUGCAGUAGCACAACGAUUAGUGCCCCCAGCCGAUAUUCAUCGCGCAAUAUCCCUCAUGCUAAUCGCACAACUCACUGGAACCACACUCGGUCUUGCAAUUGCUGGAGCCAUAUUUCAGAAUGUUUCACUACCUCGAGUGCGGCAAGUAGUGCCAUCCUUCUCAGCUUCGCAAUUGAGUAAUCUAAUCACACAAAUUGGUGGUGGUCUUGAUGAUCAGCUGAAUGAAGUGCAGACUAAGGAGGUUCUCGCCAUCAUUGUUGAUGCUCUGACAGAUACAUAUAUCCUCAUUUACGCAGCAGCAGCUCUGUCCCUAGUACUCUCAAUAUUCUUCACCCCUAAGAAGCUUUGGUAG